AUGUUAUUACAGCUGCUAAGACUCCUCAAGGGAGAUAUACCCGAGGACCUGCAUUUGCAAAGACGCUUUAUAAACAGAUGGGACCUUGGCCAGUCUGAUGAAACGCCACAAGCAAACAAGACCACACGCAAAUCCAGAACUCCUCAAGGGAGAUAUUCCCGAGGGGACCUUGGCCAGUCUGACGAAACGCCACAAGCAAACAAGACCACACACCAACCGAGAACUCCUCAAGCAAGAUGUUCCCAAGAGAGGCAAGACAACUUUCCCAUGUCAGACAAAAAAUUCCAAAGAAAGGUGCUUCUGCUGCUCGUGGAAAUCAAGGAAGAACUAAGGAGAAUUGGACGCAGAGUGGAACCUGACACAGAUUUCCACCUGUCAACAAUGGCCACAGAGGAAGAGUUCCAAAACCUCGAAAAGCAAUUAGAAAGUCAGCGGACCCAGGCAGCAAUGGUGUGUAAGCUGUGCCAAAUCGGGGGCAGAAACCUGAAAGACAGUGCAAGGAGAAUGCUGGACAGUGUAUCAGGUCUGUGUUCAUCAAGACAUGAAGACUCUGGAGUGGGACAAGAGAAGGAUGAUGGGGUGUAUAUUCCAAUAGACACAUUAGGUAAAUUAAAUAUUGAGACUCAUGUUUGCAAAUUUGUGUUUAUAUAUCAAAAGAUUGCUCUAUAUGGAUAAAUAGUCACAUUGUGAUUUCAGUGAAAGCUGAUAAAUACAGAGGGCUGGACAGUGGUUUAAUUGAUUAAGUGAGUAAGAACUGACCAUAGCCUAACAUUAAUUUAGUUACCCGAAUUGCAUUGUUGAAUAUAAAGGAAAAUUGUAAAAAUACCAAUAUUUUGAAUAUAUGGAAUACUGUGAAAUUAUUUUAAAGAGGUGGGACAAGGAUGCUGACAGGACAGGAGGAGGUGACAUUCAGUUUAGUGACAGUACAUCAGGGCCACCAUUUAAUUUAAUGUUAAUUUGUUUGCUUUCCAAAUCAAUACUUGUCAAAUCUUUAGAAUUAUAUCUGCAAAGCUGAAUUUCUCAUAGGUGGAUAAAGUAUGACAGCAAUUGUGAAGACCUUAGACGUGCAGUAUAUGGUUCUUCUCACAAAUUGAUGUUUACUCACUCCUCUUUCAUUUAUAUUGAUUUGACUUAAUUUUCUUGGUAAAUAAUAAUGGGGAUAUUCCUAAUAUAUUUUAAGUACAUGCUUAGAACAUAUCUCAUUUGCUUUGUAUCUAAAUGAAAAGUACGUCUUUAAGGUAUGUUUCAUUUUAUUUAGACAUUCAGCGCAGACACUUUUAUCCAAAGCAACUUGAGGAAGAAAACAAGAAGCAGUUCACCCUAAAAGUUUCCUCUUCUAAUUCUCUAUCUAACUGUCUGUUUUAAAGUAUAUCAUUAUGCUUUUAAUUACUUUAUUAUAUGGCUUUUACUUCAUAACAAUUAUUGAUUUGCAUCUGUUUUCUUUUAUAUAACAGUGGGCUGCUGUAAUGUUUACAUCUAUGGAAAGAGGAGCUGAAAAGAAAGGAUUGGCUGGAAAGCAGUACUUCUUGUUGAGGACAAUCCUGAAUAGGAACACUUUCUCAUACACCUAGAUUAUUAUUAGUGUUUGAUUUUUUUUCUUUUUCAUUUUUAUUAAUUGUAUUGUUUUAAUUUUUCGUUGUAUUUGAAAUUACCUAAGUUAGAUCCAUGCUAAUAGACCCCUUCAAGGUUUGUAAACAUCGAAUGACUAUCGGGUGCGAGCGCAGCAUGGGGUCAAACUGUUCAUACCAUCCAGGCUUUAUAAUUUAAUAUAACAGGGCUGAAAAAUGAUGACUUACCUCAAAUGAAGUGAGCACUACAAACACAAGCCUCUUUGAUCUUUGCAUUGUUCCAGUCUGCACAUUAAUUGCUUGCAGCCGCAGAUGUUGUAUUUUUUUGUUUUUGAGAUUCUGCAUGAAUCGCGAAAACUUAACGAAAGACCUGGUGCGAUUUUCACAGCCCACGACGUAAGUAGGCAUUUUUGACGAUACCGAAUAAUACGCAACUCAAUCUGCUGUAAUGACUUUUUUGAACCCGACAUGCGCAGUGGGAACCGCCUGUGACGUGAACCGUGAAGGGGUCUACACUUUAACUGGAACUUGUAUCUUUGCGUGAAGCUGGCUGUAGAGUUGGUUUCACAUACACAUGAAGUUUCUAAUUAACUUAACUAACUUUUGAGCUCGGUUUGGUUUAAACCCAUGGUAAUUCAUUUAAAUUUCAAUGCAUGCUAAUAUAUUAAUUUCAAUGAAAACUUCUGUAUUUGUGUAUAGCUGGUAAUUUGGGCAAACUACGUUUGUUUCACACACAAAUGUAAAUGUCACAAAGUUUUUUUUUUUUUAAUUAUCAGUUUGUUCUAAACUUUUGUUUGUUUACUAAGGAUGAAAUUGCUUUGUAAUUUAAGUUGUUGGUGUUAGAUUCAUGCCAAUAAUGUAUUUGAACAAACUAGUAGUUUUGUUUAUUGCUGGCAGUUCGAUGUGUCAGGAAUGGUGGUGGAUGAACCCAAGUGCAGACAGCUCUCAACUCAAAAGACUUUUAUUAAUAAACAAAAACUCCCUCGAGGGGGUAAACAAGACAAGAAUUAAAUAAAAGACAUGGCAAAACCAAGACAAGACUCCUGACGGUGUCACACAUAUGAUACCACAAAGACAAGAGACACAAAGGCAUUUAAAUAUUGAAACUAAUUAGGGGACAAUAACAAACAGGUGAGGAAACUAAUCAUACAUAAUUAGGAAACAGGAGGGUAAAGCCGAAAGUAUACUAGGGACGUCCGCGUACGUGCGCCGUCCGCAUGACGUCAUUUUCGUCAUUAAGAGGGUCCGCGGCCGGCCGCGCGGACCGUCCGCGUGCAGCCCAAAAUUUGAGACCGCGCGGACAGUGCGCGUACAGUCCACGUACAACAGCGCAUGCGCGUGAAAAUAUUUAGACAGGGCACUCCACUUUAAACAAUUAUACAAAGGAAAUAGACAGCA